ACCAGCAAUCCCCAUUUGUGCCGAGGAUCACUUCCUGGUGUCUGGGGCGAGGGCAGGAGGGGCGGAGCAGCACCAUGACAGAGGGGGGCGAGCUGCCGGACCAGGUGGCCGCCUUCCUGCUGGUGGGCCGCAUCGUGUCGGAGGGAGAGGGCAGCGAAUGGAGGGAGGGCGUGGUCAAGUACUACCAGCCGACGUUCGGCAAGGGCCAGCAACACAUCGGCUUCCCCUGCUCCUACCCCGCCAAGGAGGGCAGCAAGAAGGAGACCCCCAUGGACACAGACUUUCGCUACACGGUGAUGUGGCAGGACGGGGAGGUGGAAGUGCUGAGCCUGGAGGAGGUGCAAGACAUAGCCACAGAGGAGUGGACUGAGGAGGCCUGGCUACCGCUGGCCAUUCGCAAGCUGCAGCAGGACAACUGGGGUGGCGAGUGGGAGCAGCUCACUGGCGACAACGCCGUGCAGUUCCUGAAGCAAGCGCGGCUGGAGGCCGACAAAGCGGAGAAGGCCGCCGCCGCGCAGGCCAGCAAGAAGGCCAAGAAGGGCGGCGGCGCGGCGGCGCCCUCCUCCGGGCCCAAGGCGCCGCCAAGGCAGAAGGCCGCCGCCGGAAAGAAGCAGAGCAAGGAGAAGGGAAAGCAGCCUCUGGGCAAGCCCUCGGAUGACCUGGGGGCCCAGCUGCAGGCGGCGCGCGAGGCCAAGAAGCGCAAGCUGCAGGCUGCUGCCGCGGCGGCGGCGGCAUCUGGCGAGGCCGCCUCCCCCGCCGCCAAAAAGUCCAGGUUGCAGCACCUGCUGAACCCUGUGCGGGGCGCGGCGGCGCAGCCUGCCGCGGCGGCGGCCGGCCUGGUGCCUUCGGGCGGGCAGGGCAGCCCCGCUGAGGUCUGCCGCCUGGAUCAUGCGGGCAGCAAUGCGGGGCUGCUGGUAGCAGGGGCGGCCGCGGGCACGCUGGCGGGCACCAAGGCGCGGCGGCAGCAGCAGCAGGGCGAGAGCGAGUCGCGUGUGGUCGGCUCCGCAGGCAAGCAGCAGGCGGCGGGCAAGGGCAAGGCGGCUGCGGCCGGCGGCAGCAGCAAAGCCAGGGCUAGGCCAGCGCCGGCGCCGGCGCCGGCGGCGACGGCGUCGCCAAGCAAGGCACCUGCCGCCAGCAAGGGCAAGCAGACGCUGCUGACCUCACCCGCCAAGAGCAUGCUGAGCAACGGCGGCGGCCGCGCCGCGCCGGCGGUGCUGCGUCAGCACGAGAUGCCUGCCCUGGCGCCUGGCCAGUCUGACAGGCUGGCGCGGGCAGAGUGGCGGGACGACUGCGCCAAGGUGAUGAGCGCCAGCGGCGACUACCAGGAGGUCUACUGGUUUGACCGAGUGGAGGACAAGGACGGCUCUGUGCUCCGAGUUUGGUCGGAGACCCUAGUCGUGCCAGAGGCGCUCUGCUUCAGGGCCAAGUCCGACAAGCGGCUGCGCAGCUGGAAGGUCAAGGCGCAGGAGGAGGAUGCGGAGUAUGUGGUGGAGGCGCUGCUGGCGGAGGCGGAGGAUGAGGAUGGCGAGGUGUCCUACUUUGCCAAGUGGCGGGGGUAUGAGGUGGACCCUGGCGAUGGCGGGUGGCUGACAGAGGCGGAGAUGGAUCAUUGCCGCGGCGUGCUGCUGGACUGGCAUCAGAAGGGGCGGCAUGCGUGGCAGAAGGCGUGCCGCAGCUUGCGCCAGCAGGCGGGCCUGGCUUGA